AUGUAUUCAUUGAAUGGGAUAAGCCAUGAGUUUUAUGGUGCUUUCUUGAAAUUAGAGGUAUUAGAAAUCGAUGGAAUGCCUUGUUUGGAGAAAUGGACAGCAAUCAAGGAUUGUGACAUGCCUAGUCUUCGUCAACUUACUAUCGUUGACUGCCCAAAGCUGGUUACUCUUCCAGAGUUCUUGAACCUCAAAUCUCUUGAACAUUUGAGAAUUACACUAUGCCCCGAAAUCCAAUCUUUUCCAGGUGAAAGGCUACCAGAAAGUCUUCAAUCACUGACUAUUACUGAAUGUGUGAAACUCGAAGAACAGUGCUGGAAGGAAGAAGGCGAUGAAUGGUGCAAGAUAGCAGGCAUUCCUGAAAUAUGGAUUGAUUACCAACAAAUAUAUCUAACAGAAGCUAGAGAACAUCCAACAGGUGAAAGGCUAGCAGAAAGUUUUCAAUCACUGACUAAUACUGAUUGUGCGAAACUUGAAGAACAUAGCUGGAAGGAAGAAGGUGAGGAAUGGUGCAAGAUAGCAGGAAUUCCUGAAAUAUGGAUUGAUUACCAACAGAAAUCUCAAACAGAAGCUAGAGAAAUGCCAACAGGGUCCUGGCAGCCUACUGUACCAAGUGCUGUGACUCCUGUUGGAUCACAUUUAUCAGAUGGAACUGUAAACGAUUCUUCUCUGAGCCAGAAUAGCCAGCCAACACUGGUGACACCAGCUAAACCAAAAUACCGGCAUGAAUACUAUCAGAAGCCAGAAGCAGUAGUUGUGACUAUUUUUGCCAAGGGAAUACCAUCCAAAAAUGUGGCUGUUGAGUUUGGUGUACAGUUUUUAAGAGUUUCCAUUGAUGUUCCUGGAGAAGAUUCAUGUCAUUUUCAAAUUCGCUUAUUUGGGAAUAUAAUACCUGAGAAAUGCAGAUAUGAUGUUUUUCCAACCAAAGUCGAGAUAUGGCUUGCAAAAGCUGAGGCCAUCAACUGGACAUCUUUGGAAUUUAGGAGGGAACAGAAGAUUAAGCUUGAAGCCCAAGUCAAGGAGGAUAAAAAAGAAAAGCUAGACGGAGAUGUGGCUUUGAAUAAACUGUUUCGGGAUAUAUAUCAAGAAGCUGAUGAGGACACCCGGCGAGCGAUGAGGAAAUCUUUUGUGGAGUCACAUGGGGCAGUUUUGUCCACAAACUGGAAAGAAGGGGGUGCAAAGAAGGUGGAAGGCAGUCGUCCAGAAGGCAUGGACCAGCUUAAGAAAUGGGAGUAAUAGAUGCUCACUGUGGUUUGGUUGAACUCUAGAUUCAAAUAUGUGGUUUUGCUUCAGAUACUUUCCCCUACCUCCAUUUUUUGGGUGUUCAAGGUCGUGUU